AGUUGUUCCUUGUUCAGGGAGUCGGAGAACUCGUUGUCUCCCGACCCUUUACCCGGAGAGGCGCUUGGAAUUCGGCCCCAGGCAGAUCAGAAGCAUGGAAGAGCUCCAGGACUCCGACACGGCAUCGCUCCUGGAGACCGCCCGGGAGGUGUACAAGGGGGCUUUUCGAGGGGUGGAUCCUGAGAUUGCGGUCUCAGCGCCCGGAAGGGUGAACUUGAUCGGGGAACACACCGACUACAAUCAGGGCUUCGUGCUGCCGAUGGCCUUGCAGAUGGGAACCAUGAUGGUUGGGAGUCCAAGGCAAGAUGGAAUAAUAUGCAUUGUCACGACAGCUCAGGAAGCCGAAGAGCCCAAAAGAGUGCAGAUUCCAGUUCCAGUGGAAGGCGGUGCCUUGAAACCAGGAGAGCCUCGAUGGGCAAAUUACGUCAAAGGAGUCAUCCAGCAUUAUAGGGCUGGCCCCCUCCCAGGCUUUAAUGCAGUCAUAGCCAGUAAUGUUCCACUGGGUGGUGGUCUCUCAAGUUCAGCAUCCUUGGAGGUGGCUACAUACACAUUUCUGCAGCAGCUUUGUCCAGAUGAUGGAGAUCCAGUAGCGAAGGCACUGGCAUGCCAGAAAGCAGAGCACACCUUUGCAAUGAUGCCUUGUGGGAUAAUGGACCAGUUCAUCUCUGUGAUGGGGAAGGAGGGCCAUGCCUUGCUGAUAGACUGCAGGUCACUGGAGACUCGCCUGGUACCUUUGACUGACCCAAACGUAGUUGUUCUCAUCACCAAUUCCAACGUACGGCACACCUUGACAGGCAGUGAGUACCCCACACGGCGGCGCCAGUGUGAAGAGGCAGCAAAGAUACUUGGCAAGGCAAGCCUGAGAGAAGCCAAUAUGUCCAGCUUAGAGGCUUCUAAGGCCUUGCUGAGUGAGGAGAUGUACAGGCGAGCCAGGCAUGUGAUUGGAGAGAUUGAACGCACUACCAAGGCAGCUGAGGCACUGCAGUCCAGGGAUUAUAAGAGAUUUGGACAACUGAUGGUGGAGAGUCACAAUUCUUUGCGGAAUGACUAUGAAGUCAGCUGUGAAGAAUUAGAUGAGCUAGUAGCCGCUGCUGUGGAGGUUCCCGGCGUUUACGGCAGCAGAAUGACUGGUGGAGGGUUUGGCGGUUGUACGGUUACUCUACUUGAAUCUAGUGCAGUGGAGGAAGUUGUGAGACACAUUAAGGAAAAAUACAGCAAGACGGCAACUUUCUACUGCACAAAAGCUUCCAGUGGUGCCAAAGAACAUCCUCUUUGAAAGAAAUUCCAGCCUCUCUACAACGACUUGCUGCUGUUCUGUUACCAGGGACCAAGAGAAUUGCUAGGCCCUGAACCAGUUCGCCUGCCUGAUCUUAGAGAAAUCAAAGACGUUGAUGCCUGGUAUUCUAAUGAUACUAGAGGAAAUGCCUUGACAUCUUUUUCACAGAUUAAUCAGUUUCACAUGCUGGGCUUUGUAUCCCUGUGCUUCCAUUCAAAGAGACAUUGUUUUACAUUAUAGUUUAAGGCAGAAGAUCUGCUCAUCGUUUGAUGCCAGAUGAGGCCCAGUUUGCUGUACUGUUUGUGUAUAAGUUGGCUAACAGGCCUAAAGAAAAAUGGCCUGUCCCUUUAAUGUGUGGCAAUGAAGCUUCUCAUGGCAUGCAGGUUUACCUGUUAAAUAACAUCUCAUUAAGGUUUGGCUGUUUUCUGGGCUGAAAAUAGGACUGGAUACAGAUACAGCAAUACCACGUAUCGUUUGUGAUCUAGUCUCUUGUGCCACUGGGCUAUCCUUUCCAAUUCCUAAAUUCUCCUCUACCAAAGCUUCGUAAGUAAGGAUAUGCAACAUAUACAAGCCAGAAAUAUGCAAUGUCUCUUUAAUAUGCAUCAUAUUCUAGCUGCAAAACUUGGGGUUCUUUGAUACGGAAACUUGGUCUUUCCAGUACAACUGCGUUUAUGAGUUAUGAUCAGAUUAGUUCUUAAACUUGAGUCUUUUGGCUUGAGUCUGUCCUUCAUGUUUUGACCCUUCUGUCUUUUCAUUGUGAGUGGAGGUGGGUUUAAUCACAUUCAGUAAUUCAGUUUAAUUAUUGUCGAAGGCUUUCACGGCCGGAGAACGAUGGUUGUUGUGGAUUUUCCGGGCUGUAUAGCCGUGGUCUUGGCAUUGUAGUUCCUGACGUUUCGCCAGCAGCUGUGGCUGGC